AAGUUUGUUACUAUCGUUUUGUUGUAAUCAAGAUUCAUUGUGUGAUCGAUAAGAGAAUAAAAUAAAUGAAGAAGUCCAGAUUAAAUUGAGUCCUUAAUGAACUUAGGUUGCAACAUUGAUUUAGACAUUGUAUGUAUGGAGCUAUUUUACGACGGACUGAGUUAAAAAAAUAAAAGAAGAGGCCAUUUCCGUAUGUUCGAAAAUAUUAACGACGAACCAUGUUUGGCGUGUAAUGUUAAGAAACAAGAAUCUGCUAAAUAAGCCAUGAGUGCCCGCGUUUGAAUGAGUCGGUGAGGUAAAGGCCGAGAAGGAAAUAAGGUGGAAAAUUUUAUGGGAUCUCAGGCGUAGAAGUCACAUUGAACUCAAGUAACUUCCCAGAACUUACUCAUACUUCCAUGCCUCAAGACGGACGUCUUGUCAUUACCAUGAGGCAAGUUCAUAAAUGUUUAUUUCCAAAUAUGUUGACUAUUUUUUAGGGUUCUAUGAGACCAUCGAGACUUCUUUCUGAGUUUACAUAAUACACGGCGGUUGACUCACAAAUAACAUGGACUCGUUGGGGCAAAGAGCCUAAAUGAUUGUAUUUUACCCCCAUGUCAUAUGGGAUACGUUGUCAUGGUGACGUUGCGGGCGAAGUAGGGGUUUCUGAAUGUUGUUUCGUCUCCUUCAUCACUAACAAGGUAGCAAAAUAUGACAAUUGGUAGGAUCGCCAAUGCCUGGAUCAGUUGGUGUCGUCAGACUCUGCUGUUUCAAAAAACAAAUAUAAAUGUUGAGGGUUAAUACCACUAACUUCCAGUUAGAAAUUUUAAUAAUAUAUUAUUCCUACCAUUCUACUGCAGCAAAGUAACGAGAAGCCAAUGAAUCUUAGAAGAUGUGUGUUGAUUGUCGUGUUGUUUUGUGUGAGUGUUGGAUGUUGGGACACGGAGGAGCUGGAGAUAUUCGAUUUAGUGGAGGAAGUUGACACGAAUUUCUAUUCUUUAUUAGAUGUUCCACAGGAUGCAGACGCCGCGGUCAUACGUAAGGCUUACAGAAGAUUGUCGCUACAGAUUCACCCAGAUAAGAAUGAUGCACCAGACGCAGAAAUUAAGUUUCGGCAGCUUGUGGCAGUUUAUGAAGUUCUUCGUGAUCAAAGGAAGCGUGCAUUGUACGAUCGAGUGCUGGAGAAUGGGCUUCCAGAUUGGAAGCAUGCAGUGUAUUAUUACAGACGUGUACGGAAGAUGGGCCUUGCUGAAAUGUCAUUCAUACUGUUUGUGAUAGUAACAGUUGGACAGUACAUUGUGGCAUGGGCUGCAUAUCUGGAGAAGAAGUAUACAGCACAACAGUUUUUAGAAGCAAAACUAAAGAGACUACAGAAAAAACAGAAGAAAGGAAAAUAUGAUGGGCCUGCUCUUCCAGAUACAAUAGUUUUAGAGAUUCCUUCACCAAGGGUUUGGGACACCUUGCCAUUCCAGUUACCAAGGAUGCUGUGGUUCGUCCUGACAUUGUGUCCACAGAGUGUGCUGCUAAUAAAGAACAUGCUCGCAAGACGGCAGCAGAGGAAAGAGGAAGACACAGCUGAAUCUGAGGAAGAGGACGAAGAACCUGUUAUGCAAGUACGUGAAGUUGCUGCGAGGGGCCCACGUCGCCGCAAGCCCAAAUUUGCCCCGCCUGAGGUACUGGCUGCUGAAAAUGAACUGCCACAUGAUUUGAGCACAGCUCAAUCUUCUGGGUCAGUUGAUGACUUGUCAGCCCCGGAAGAAGAUACAGUAGCUCCUUACAUAUCAGGUGGCCUGUGGACAGAUGACGAUCUAGCUGAGCUGUCUCGUCAGCUUAAACGAUAUCCACAAGGCACUCCACAGCGUUGGGAAAAAGUGGCCGCUGCGAUGCACAGGCCGGCAGCAGAGGUGGCACAUAUGGCAAAGAAGGUGAAAGAAGAGGGUUAUCGUCCUCCACAGGUCACAACAGAAGAGCUCCCUCGGAAAACAAAAACGCGUGCUGCAGAAUCAGCACUGCCAGCUGCCUCAGAGUGGAGUCAGCCACAACAAAAAGCUCUUGAAAAUGCUCUUACAAAAUUCCCUAAAGGAGGAUCAGGAGAUCGUUGGGAGAAAAUUGCGAAAUGUGUUCCAGGAAAGACGAAAGAAGAAUGCAUGUAUCGUUAUAGACAACUGGUGGAGUUAGUAAAGAAGAAAAAGGAGAAUACUGCAGAAUGUGUGCCAAUGGCAGAGCCUUAGGUUGCAUCCAUGGAGGCAGCCUAUUGUUUAAGUAUUAUUUCAGGUGCUUCCUGUUUUGCGGGCAUUUACAUUUCUUUGUAAACUACAAAACAAAGUUAAGUUAUACACAAAUGAUUGAAUACUGUUUUAUAUUGUAGUACACCUUGAACUACGUUUGUAUCACGUUUUAUGAAUGCUCUAUUGAAAAAGUGUAUCAUUGUUCCUAAUGUGUGGAUGUAUGUUGUGAACUUGCUGUCUGUGAAAUUUUUCAAAGGUCAGAGAUGUGUACAUUUUAAGUGUGACUUUACUGCAAACUCCUAACAAAGAAUAGUUAGGCUAUGUACAUAAUGAACAAGGUGUAAUUACCAUUUAUUUGUGUUAACUAUUGAAUGAUUUGUUUUGAGGAAAGACCAAAAAGAAAUAGCAUAUUUAUAAAAAACUAUGAAUACAUAUAUGAAUUUAUGAUUGUUACUAUUUUGCAGCAUCAAAGAAUAGUGAAAAUGUAAUGUGCUUGGGCUGCAUGAAGAACUGUCAGAUGUUUAUACUUGUACAGAACAAAGAUACACGUCACUAAUGAACAUGUAAACACUUUACAUACCAUAUAGUGUUACUAUUUGUUUUUGAAGUUUUCCCAUUGCUCCACUGCAAAAAUCUUCUUCUUAAACUUGAUUUCUCAGCAAUUGAUAUAUCCAUGUCCAGUUUGAAAUUCCAUCAGCUGUUGUUUCCUACUGCAGUGAAAGUCUGCUCAUUUUAAUGAUCACAAAAUUUCAGUUUUCACAUUGUCCAUAACCAGCUUUUGUCAACUGAACUGGAAAUUUUUAUGUUGUUUUCUAUAAACAGAAUCUGAGAGUUUAGUAUAAAAGUAUGCCAACAUACUUUUGGAAUAGCAUUUUUUAUUUAAUACUAUUUAAUGAUUUUUCUUGUGUGCUCCAAAUAAAAAAUAACAACAUAAGUAGAAA